AUGGCACGAAUCAAGUCCGUCACGCCCACUCCCCAGGACGACCUCCAGACCGUGGUGCAGAGCCGGACCCGGGAAUGGCACUUUCACAUUUACUUUUUGCUCCAGUCGCCGACGGAAAAGGCCGCUGCCCUGGCGCUCCGUGACGCUGUGCUAAGACUUCGUCGCGAUGGCGCGUUUGUCGCGGUGCCCCUGCACUCGGUCAAUGAGUAUCCCAUAGGGCCACAUCCCGCCGGAUCCUACGAGAUCUGGGUGCCGGACUCCUCAUUCUCGGACGUCUUCUUUUACCUGGCAUGCAAUCGCGGAGACCUCAGUGUCUUGAUUCAUCCUUUGACCAAGCAGCAGCGUCGGGACCACGAGUCCCGAAACGGCUGGCUUGGCAAGCCCUGGCCGAUCUACCUGGACGGGUUGCCCCGCGAGAGUGAGGAAGUCCCGCUGCAAUAUCCGGAGCUGCGGCUGGGAUGGUCUUCGGCCCCGGAGACGGAGAUUUCGCUGGACGAGAGACGCGAACGGGGCGCCAAGCUUGAGGCGCUUCUCGCGAGGGACCCAGAGGCCGCGCCGGCUCCGACCGACUAA